ACUGACGAAUUCUUUCAAUUUUAUGAACCAAUAGCAGUUUUCCACAAUUCAUUGAAUGAUUUAGCUUGAAUUGAAAUAGUCCACAUAAUAAAUUCAGUCUAGAGUUUUUAUUUCAAUAUAUGGUUAGCUCUUAAGUUGUAACUAAAAGAACAAUAGAAGAAAUGAUGGAGUUUGUGCUACGUUUAUUAGCUUUUUCAUUAAUUGCCAACUCAGCUUUCGGUGGAGAGUCUGAUGUUCUUGAUUUAGGAGAUAGUGAUUUCAAUACAAGAGUAGCAGAGACUGAAACCACACUUGUUAUGUUUUAUGCUCCAUGGUGCGGUCAUUGCAAAAAGUUGAAACCAGAAUAUGCUAAAGCUGCUGAAUUGAUGAGAACAGAUGAUCCACCAGUUGCUUUCGCCAAAGUCGAUUGUACAGAGGCCGGAAAGGAAACUUGUUCAAAAUUCUCAGUUUCGGGCUAUCCCACACUCAAAAUAUUCAGAAAUGGAGAAGUUUCUCAAGAUUAUAAUGGUCCAAGAGAAGCAGCUGGUAUCGUUAAAUACAUGAGAUCACAAGUUGGACCGGCUUCAAGAGAUUUACUCACUGUAGCAGUCUAUGAAGACUUUUUGAAGGUUCAAGAAAAUGCAAUUAUUGGUUUCUUCGAGAAAGAAACAGAUUUGAAAGGAGUUUUUCUUAAAUAUGCUGAUUUGCAACGAGAGAAAUUCAGAUUCGCUCAUACCAGUGAUCCAGCAAUUUUGGAAAAGAUUGGCGAGAAAAAUGCAAUCAUCCUUUUCCGAGCACCGCAAUAUCAUAAUAAGUUUGAAUCUGAUUUUGUGAAAUUUGAAGGCAAGUCCAAGGAUGAUUUGAGUGAAUUUGUGAAGAAACAAUUUCAUGGAUUGGUGGGGCAUCGUACAAGAGAUGCACUUCACGACUUUGGUAAUCCUUUGGUUGUCGCUUAUUAUACUGUCGAUUAUCAGAAGAAUCCUAAAGGAACAAAUUACUGGCGUAAUCGCGUUCUUAAAGUCGCUAAAGAAUGGGAAGGAAAAGUUAAUUUCGCCAUUAGUGCCAAGGAUGAUUUCCAGCAUGAAUUGAAUGAAUAUGGAUACGACUAUGUUGGUGACAAACCUUUGAUUUUAGCACGAGAUAGUCGCAAUCAAAAGUUCAUCAUGAAAGAAGAAUUUUCCGUUGAGAAUCUGCAAGCUUUCGUAAAUGAUCUCGAUGAAGGAAACUUAGAACCGUACAUCAAAUCAGAAGCAAUCCCAGAAUCAAAUGAUGGCCCAGUGACUGUUGCUGUAGCGAAGAACUUUGAAGAAGUUGUCACUAACAAUGGCAAAGAUACUUUGAUUGAGUUUUAUGCUCCAUGGUGUGGACAUUGCAAAAAGCUUGCACCAGUUUUCGAUGAAUUGGGCGAGAAACUUAAAGGAGAAGAAAUCGCCAUCGUUAAGAUGGACGCAACUGCGAAUGAUGUGUCACCAGAUUUCGAUGUUCGUGGAUUCCCAACAUUAUUCUGGAUACCUAAGAACAAACGUGGUUCUCCCGUUCGAUAUGAUGGAGGACGAGAAGUAGAUGAUUUUGUCAAAUAUAUCAGUAAACAUGCCACAGAUGAACUUAAAUCUUUCGAUCGUUCAGGCAAAUCUAAAAAAACUGAAUUGUAAUCUCAUUAAUGGAGAAUUUUUUUCUAUGAUUAAAAUAUCAUUAAAUACACAAUUAUUUGGAAACAAAAUUGAAAGCAGUGUUGUAGGUUUGAAAUAACAAUUUAGAUGCAUUAAAAUAAGUUUAAAAAGAAGAAAACUUUUCAACGUUCCAUAAUAAUAAAAAAAAUGCUUUUGUGGCAUUUUCAUCCAUUCAUUUUUUUAAAAACAUUUUUAAAUAAUUUUUUUAAAUAAAAAUUAUGUGUUUUUCACGAUUUUAAAUGGUUGUCGAUCAGUUUCAUUUCCAUUAUAACUAAAUGGAAAAUGAUGAUAAGAAAAAUGUUUAAUUUCAUUAAGUAAAUUCAUUUUAGCAAAUAAAAAUUCAGAAUAAAU